UCUUAAAGUGUCCAUGUCUCAUGCGGAGACCUUCUAUCCCCAUGGUCCUUACGGUGUCCCCAGCAUCCACUACGGACUACGAGAAAUAGAUUUACCGGUAAGUAAAAUCUUAUUUGUUUAGAGCCAUUCCAUAUCUAGUACCAAUUAACCUACUCAAUAAGUUUUAUUCAGUCAUAUCUACUUUUAUAGGGAAAAGUAAAAGACCCCGGAUGGCUAGAGCUAGUUUACACAGAUCCAAGCGUAGCAGUGGCCUUGCCUUCUCUAAUCUUGAGCUGAAUCAACACUCUUGUUUACUUGAUCAGUUGAAAGAGUGGCUCGUGCCUGGACUUGCGAAACAUGGGUUGAUAGUGAAAGACAUGUGCCAGGGUUUCCCUUUGUGUGACUUGAUAUGGAUCAAGGCAGCCAAUAGACCACCCUCUUGUUACAUAUUUCAAAAUGAUCUUAAACGCUAAAAGUAUGUGAAAAAUUACUUUCCUCUUUGGGUGAUUUCUCCCUUUCUUCCUCGAGCUUGUCGGUUUUGGCAGUAUCGAAAUUAAUGCCUGACCUUUCCCUACUAAUACCCCUUUUACACUCGCAGAAAAAUCCCGGGAUAUUGCACGUGAACGCGCAUCAUCCCGGGAUUCUUCUCAGUGUAAAUGGGUACAGGGACAAUUUCCCGGGACGAGCAUCCCGGGAUUUCAUCCCAGGUCAAAAGCAGGGUUGAACCCGGGACCGUCCCGGGAAGCUGGGUAGUGUGAAAGGGCCCGUCCCGGGAUUCACUACCCGGGACUGUUAAAAGGCCUCCGAUUGGAGCUUUCAUGGGCUCAGAAAAGAUGAUGUCAUCUUUCAGAGCCCUGGGGAGCGUCCUUGAUGCGUGUGAGGAAGGCAGCAUGGCGACCUGGACAGACCAGGAGGUGAGAGAGUUGCUGAGCAUUAGGGGAGAGGAGGAAAUUAUGAGGCAGAUCACAGGCACAGUCAAAGAUGCAGUCAUUUAUAAAAACAUCUCCAAGAUGCUGCAAGCCAGGGGAAUCAUCCGCACACAGCAGCAAGUGUUAAACAAAAUGAAAACUCUUAAAAAGCAUUUCCUUAAGGUGCAUGACAACAACAGGAAAAAGAGCGGUGUUGGCCGUAUCGACUGGCAGUACUAUGACAUGUGCGCCAAUAUCUUUGGAAACACAGCUAUAUGCAGUCCGGUGAGUCUGUCUUCCAGUUCACAGUACACUGCUACAGAAGGCACUCCAGAAGAGACACAGACAAGCAGUGACGUCUGUCCAUCAUCACCGUUGUUAAUUGACGACACACCUGAGGACAGCGACACAUCCUCCCAGCCGUCCAUAAACACAUCCAGAAACGACGACAGCAUAACUGCAACCAUUGAAGACGUCGUGGAUGCUCAGACCAGUGACAGUGGGACUGUACAAAGUGCCGUCACCCCAACUUUACAGAAAAACAUUUACACCGUACCGCCUAGAAGGAAGAAAUUGAACAGAGCGGAGCAAGUGGCUAAAGCCAUGUCAAAUGUCCUUGUCGACCAACUCUGAGAGAUGGACGCUACAAUGUCCGCACAGGAGGAUGCAAGGCUCGACAGGUUUCUAGAGGCAGAACGCCAAAUGCAUGAUGCAUUCCUUUCCCAAGUCAUGACAAUGCAGGAACGCAUGAGUAGAGAGCAGUAUGACCGCCACAGGGAAUUGCACCAAAUGAACAUGGCGUUCUAUGAGCGUAUGACCAAUACCUCAAGAGCACCAAACCAACACCACAACUCACAAUACCCCCCUGAGCAGGGUUUUUCAUCAUUUAAUCCUGGUCCAUACUAUGCCCCAAAUACUGCACCAUCUAGUGCGCCAAGCCCAGAGUUUACUGUAUUGCGCAAUUUGCCGUGAAACACAGUGAAUUGCUUUUUUUGGUUGUUAUUUGUUGUUAAAUAACCACAGUGUGGUCAUUGUUUAUGCACAACUGUUUGUGCCUUCUUUCAUUUUUUUCUAUGUUCUGUUUUGUAUAGUGUCUACAUUAAAGCACUUUUUAUUUAUUUUUUACACAGUGAUAAUAUACUGCAGGGACACUGUGGUUUAUGGUGUUGUAUCUACAAACCUACCAGUGUUUUUUUUUUUUUUAUGCCAAUAAAAACUUGUUUGCAAAUCUAGGCAUAACAUUCCCAUUUGUGCGUAACAGUAGACUAUGUUUACAGUGUUUUCUACAUUGUUUAUGCAUAUAUACACAGUUGCUGGCAAUGUGUUUUUUUUGGAAAAACAUAAAUAUUGAAACCAAAGAUCAAA